AAUGCAUGUGUCAUAUUCUCAACCUUAUCGUUAAAGAGGGUUUGAAAGAAAUUAGUAUAUUAUAUAAAAAGGUUCAUAAAAUCAUGAAAUUCUUGGCUUAUCCUCUAGCCAGUGAUAGGUUAGAAAUAUUAGAAUCACAUUGUAGAAUUUCCGGAAUAAGGUUUUUAAAGCCUAUUCUUGAAAUUGAUACACAACCAUCAAUGCCCACUUGCUUAGAUAAUGAAAGCUUGACAGUUCUCAAGUCCUUUCAUCAGCUUCUUAAACCAUUUGAAAUUGCCACAUCAUUGGAUCACUUGAAAGCAACACUAAUUGAAGUCAGUGGUUAUAAUGAUCAUGAUGCAGAAAUGGUUGUCAAUGAUAUUUGCAAAAAACUUAUUACAUAUGGAGCAAAAUAUUCUAGCACAAGCUCUUCAAAUUAUGUUGAA